AUGCAAACUGAAAUCCGUGGUCUUACAUCAUCUGGCCGAUUGGGUACUUACAAAGUUGUCCAUGGCCAAAUGAGGCACUUCUACUUUGAAUUGAAAGCUGAAAAUUGCAGGGUAGCGAGAACAACGCCGGUACUAUCUACAGUAAAAAUUUUGUAUUGGUACCUCAAUUACAAGUACUUAUUUGGCCACGGACAACUUUGUAAGUACCCAAUCGGCCAGAUGAUGUAAGACC